AUGAGCUAUUACGGCAGCAGCUAUCCAAUUGUAAACGUGAACCCCAAAUACCCGGGCUACCCCCCAGAGCACAUCCUAGCUGAGAAGAGAAGAGCCAGAAGACGUCUGCUCCACAAAGAUGGUAGCUGCAAUGUGUACUUCAAGCACAUUUUUGGAGAGUGGGGGAGUUAUGUGGUUGACAUUUUCACUACUCUUGUAGAUACCAAGUGGCGCCAUAUGUUUGUGAUAUUUUCUUUAUCUUAUAUUCUCUCUUGGUUGAUAUUUGGCUCUAUCUUUUGGCUAAUUGCCUUUCAUCAUGGCGAUCUGUUAAAUGAUCCAGACAUUACGCCUUGUGUUGACAACGUCCAUUCCUUUACAGGGGCGUUUUUAUUCUCCCUUGAGACCCAGACAACCAUAGGUUAUGGUUACCGCUGUGUCACUGAAGAAUGCUCCGUGGCAGUGCUCAUGGUGAUCCUUCAGUCCAUCCUGAGCUGCAUCAUAAACACCUUCAUCAUUGGAGCUGCCUUGGCCAAAAUGGCAACUGCUCGAAAGAGAGCUCAAACCAUUCGCUUUAGCUAUUUUGCCCUCAUAGGCAUGAGAGAUGGGAAGCUUUGCCUCAUGUGGCGCAUUGGUGAUUUCCGGCCAAACCAUGUGGUAGAAGGCACAGUGAGAGCCCAACUUCUCCGCUACGCUGAAGACAGUGAAGGGCGGAUGACGAUGGCAUUCAAAGACCUAAAGUUGGUCAACGACCAGAUCAUCCUUGUCACACCAGUAACUAUUGUUCAUGAAAUUGACCACGAGAGCCCUCUGUAUGCCCUUGACCGAAAAGCAGUGGCCAAAGAUAACUUUGAGAUUUUGGUGACAUUUAUCUAUACUGGUGAUUCCACGGGCACUUCUCACCAAUCCAGAAGUUCCUAUGUUCCCCGAGAAAUUCUCUGGGGCCAUAGGUUUAAUGAUGUCCUGGAAGUUAAGAGAAAGUACUACAAAGUGAACUGCUUACAGUUUGAGGGGAGUGUUGAGGUAUACGCUCCCUUUUGCAGUGCCAAACAACUGGACUGGAAAGACCAGCAGCUCCACAACACGGACAAAGCCCCUCCAGUCCGAGGAUCUGGCACGUCAGACACCACGGUCAGAAGAAGGUCGUUUAGUGCGGUUGCCAUUGUCAGCAGCUGUGAAAACCCAGAGGAGACCACCACCUCCACCACGGACGAGUGUAAGGAAGCCCCCUAUCAGAAAGCUGUCUUGACUUUAAAUAGAAUCUCUGUAGAAUCCCAAAUGUAGUUCAAAUUGUGAUAACCAGGGUUACCCUGCAAUCAUUUUACUCUGUAGCCAGUCACCUUAAGGCAAGUAGUUAUAAGCAGGGCUUUUAAGGAAUGGUAUAGCUGCAUUCGAUGGUGAUAGGGGAGAAGAAGAGCAGGUUAAAUCUGGUAAAAGAUCAUCGAAAAAUUACAUAGUAUCCAAUUGUGUAAACUUUUAUUUAUUUAUUUUUUUUGUGUGCUAGCAAAUUUGGUAUUAGGGAUGCUAUUAAGAGCCUAACUGAUUAAUUUAAAUUUCAUCUCCUUGUCUUAUAUCACACACUUGCAUCUUCAAUUGGAGGUGUCAUAUUCAGUGAUGGAGAACAAAGGUAGGAUACUGACAUAAAUAAAAAUAGGAAGACAGGCAGCCAGCAUGAGUAACAAAUUUUUAAAUGUAUCAACAUUGAUAGCAGUUUCCUAGGAAAACAUUAUGUCAUCUAACCAAGAUAUGCAAGAUAUGCAUGCAGUAGAUUAUAACAUUGAGAUAUUUAACUGAAAUCACCUG